AUGUCGACCGAACAGAAGCUCCCCAGCAGGCAGCGCCGCCCCUCCACAUCAGCUCCCAUUGUGGAUAUCCAGGGCUCCGUUGGUCCCGAAGGCAUCACUCGCCCAAAGCACAAGAGAACCGUCACUGGUUUUGGUCCAGGAGAGAUCAAGAGCGUCGAGGCAUCGAUCCCGGAGCCACAGCGAGAGGCAUGGAAGCGCAACCAGACUGCGGCGUUUAAAUCCUUGGACGAGUUUGAAAAAGAAGUGGUUCGCCAUGUUGAAACAUCGCUUGCCCGCAGCAUGUUCAACUGCGACGAGAAGGCUGCGUACUCUGCCACCAGUCUUGCGUUUCGUGACCGUCUCAUUCUAGACUGGAACAAAACACAGCAGCGCCAGACUUACCGCGAUUCGAAGCGGGUCUACUACCUCAGUCUAGAAUUCCUCAUGGGAAGAGCAUUGGACAAUGCUAUGCUCAAUGUAGGGAUGAAAGAUACUGCCAAGGCCGGUCUUGCUGACCUUGGCUUCCGUAUUGAGGACAUCAUCGGCCAGGAGCAUGAUGCUGCGUUGGGCAACGGUGGUCUUGGUCGAUUAGCCGCUUGUUUCCUCGACAGUCUUGCUUCUCUUGAUUUCCCAGCCUGGGGAUACGGUCUACGUUACCGAUACGGUAUUUUCAAGCAAGAAAUUAUUGAUGGAUAUCAAGUCGAAGUUCCAGAUUAUUGGCUUGACUUCAAUCCAUGGGAGUUCCCUCGACAUGAUGUCACCGUGGAUGUCCAAUUCUUUGGCUCGGUUAAGAAGGUGACCAAUGAGGAGGGGAAGUCCGUGGCUGUCUGGGAAGGUGGUGAAAUCGUAGUAGCGGUUGCCUACGAUGUUCCUAUCCCUGGGUAUGACACACCAACUACCAACAACCUCCGACUCUGGUCCAGCAAGGCAUCGGGAGGCGAGUUUGACUUUCAGAAGUUCAAUAGUGGAGAUUACGAGAGCUCAGUUGCUGAGCAGCAACGUGCUGAGACGAUCAGUAACGUACUAUACCCAAAUGACAACCUUGAGAGGGGCAAAGAGCUCCGCCUUAAGCAACAGUACUUUUGGGUAGCUGCUUCUCUCUACGAUAUUGUCCGCCGUUUCAAAAAGUCCAAGAGAGCCUGGAGAGAAUUCCCAGAGCAGGUGGCAAUCCAACUCAAUGAUACACAUCCGACUUUGGCAAUCGUGGAACUACAGCGCAUCUUGAUCGAUGUUGAAGGCCUUGAAUGGGACUUGGCUUGGGAAAUCGUGACCGGCACGUUUGGCUACACCAACCAUACCGUGCUGCCUGAAGCUUUGGAGAAAUGGCCAGUGGGGCUUGUCCAGCAUCUCCUCCCUCGACAUCUUCAGAUUAUCUACGACAUCAACCUUUUCUUCCUACAGUCCGUUGAGAAACAGUUCCCAGAUGAUCGAGAGAUUCUCACUAGAGUCUCCAUCAUUGAAGAGUCGCAGCCAAAAAUGGUGAGAAUGGCCCACCUCGCCAUUGUGGGCUCUCACAAGGUGAAUGGUGUGGCAGAGCUCCACUCCGAUCUCAUCAAGACGACUAUUUUCAAGGAUUUUGUCGAAAUAUAUGGCCCAGACCGGUUUACGAAUGUGACCAAUGGUAUAACACCUCGACGCUGGCUUCAUCAGGCGAACCCUCGCCUCUCUGAGCUGAUCGCCUCCAAACUGGGAAGCCAUGAGUUCCUCAAAGAUCUCUCACAAUUAAACAAGCUCGAACUUCUAGUUCAAGAUAAAGAAUUCAAGAAGGAGUGGGCAGAGAUCAAGUUUGCCAACAAGGUCCGCCUUGCUAAAUACAUCAAGGAAACUACGGGGGUUAAUGUGAACCCGUCUGCUCUUUUCGACGUCCAGGUCAAGAGAAUCCACGAGUACAAGCGGCAGCAGUUGAACAUCUUUGGUGUUAUCCACCGAUAUCUGACACUGAAGGCCAUGACCCCGGCAGAGAGGAAGAAGCAGAUGCCACGGGUCUCCAUCUUUGGUGGAAAGGCUGCUCCGGGUUACUGGAUGGCCAAGCAAAUCAUUCAUUUGAUCAACGCCGUUGGUUCGGUUGUGAACAACGAUGAAGAUAUCGGCGAUCUUCUGAAAGUACUUUUCCUUGAAGACUACAACGUCAGUAAAGCAGAAAUCAUCUGCCCUGCUUCAGAUAUCAGUGAGCAUAUCUCGACCGCAGGGACUGAGGCCUCCGGAACAAGCAACAUGAAGUUCGUCCUAAACGGUGGGCUCAUCAUUGGUACCUGUGAUGGCGCAAAUAUCGAGAUUACCAGGGAAGUUGGCGAAAACAACAUUUUCCUCUUUGGUAACCUGGCCGAGGACGUUGAAGACUUGCGCCACGCACAUACAUACGGCUCCCACACCAUCGACCCGGAUCUCGCAAAGGUCUUCGAGGAGAUCCAAAAGGGCACAUUCGGCUCUGUGCAUGAUUUCAGUGCCAUGAUCGCAGCCGUCAAAGAUCAUGGUGACUAUUACCUCGUGUCAGACGACUUCCACAGCUAUAUUGAGACGCACAAGCUUGUGGAUGAGGCUUAUCGGAAUCAAGAAGAGUGGGUUGUCAAGUCCAUCACGGCCGUUGCCAGGAUGGGCUUCUUCAGCAGCGAUCGCUGCAUUUUCGAGUACGCUGAUGGGAUCUGGAACGUUGAGCCGUUACCUAGGCGCGACUGA